AUGCAAUUCGGCCACGCGAAAAUAUUCCUCCUUCUUCUGACCCUAUCCACGCCGGUUUUGUCCCGGCGCAUUGGUCAUAAACACACACAUGUCGCCGAACGACAAGCCCCUGCAUGUACGCCAACUGCUGGUGGAUCACCUACUGUUGAUGAUGUACCAGCCAUUGAGUCGGCCAUGGCUGCUUGUCCGUCAGGCACAAUUUUGAUUCCACCGAAGUCUACCUAUCAUAUCAAUUCCGAACUUUCAUUCGCCAAGUGCUCCGGCUGCAGUUUGCAAGUCGAGGGAACAUUGUUGGUAUCAGACGAUACGAAGGCCUGGAGCGGCAAAGACGCGGUCUUGAAUCUCGAGGACGUCACCGGCGUCAGUAUUAUUUCGAAGACCGGGGCUGGUGUUAUCGAUGGCAACGGGCAAGCCGCCUGGGACCUCCUAAACAAGGACAAGAAUUAUUCCCGUGUCAAGUGUCUACUCUAUCUCACUGGCAAAACCUCCGGUGUCACUGUGUCAGGACUUACGAUGAGGAACCCGCCAAAUGUUUUCUCUUCAGUUAAGCAAAGUGUUACGAAUGUGACCUAUACAGAUUUGAUUCUCACAGCCAUUUCCAAGAGCGAUGCACCAGCGAAGAAUACCGACGGUUUCGACCUUGGCGGGACUGGCAUUCGCAUGGAAAACAUCAAAGUUGAGAACGGUGACGACUGCAUUGCCAUCCAGAAUGGCGCCGAAGAUAUCACUGUGAACAACAUUCAAUGCACCGGGUCCCACGGUCUUAGUAUCGGUAGUAUUGGCAAAACGGCCGGCAAAGUCGACACCGUCAAGAAUAUUCAUUUCAAAAACGCUAAGAUGACUAAAUGCUCCAAAGCAGCUGGAAUCAAGAUCUACUCGGGAGGGUACGGCACAGCGGAGGUCAGCAACGUCACCUGGGAGAAUGUCAUGGUGGAUGGUACAUCGUACGCUUUCCAGGUCCAGAGCUGCUACGGAUCCGACGAGAAGGAAUGCGCUUCUCAACCUAGUACCGCGAAGCUGACCGACAUUGUCGUCAAGGGGUUCAGCGGCAAAACGGAUAAGGAUGAGCCGGUCGCCAGCAUCAAUUGUCCUGCCAAGGGCACCUGCGGGCUUUCGUUGACUGAUAUGAAGGUCCAGUCUACUAAUGGAGGCGAGGAAUACCAAUGUUCUAAUGUCGGAUCCAUUGGUGUCAAAUGUGUGCCGGGUGCGAGUGGCUAA